GCAUGCGCAAUGCCACAUAUUGACCGCUAGCGAGCAGAAACAUCUGAGCUAGCCGAUUGUUAGCUAAAGAAAGCAGCCGCUUAGACAGAAAGUAUACGUUAAAAUGUUUCGGAGAAAAUUGACAGCGCUAGAUUAUCACAAUCCCGGAGGAUUUGACUGCAGAGAUGAGACACAGUUCAGGAACUGCAUUGUAUGGCUCGAGGACCAGAAGAUCCGACAUUACAAGAUAGAGGACAGAGGAAACCUGAGGAACAUCCCGAGCUCAGACUGGCCCACAGCCUACCAGAAGUACCUGCAGGACCUGAACUGUCCCUUUGGAGUCCAGGAGAAGCAGGAGGCUGUGGACUGGUUACUGGGCCUGGCUGUAAGAUAUGAAUACGGAGACAAUGUGGACAAGUAUAAGAGCUGUGAGCCCCUGGCAGCCUCUGGCAGCAGCGACAAAGCAGUGGACCCUCUCGUCAAUCUUGACAGUAGUUCACCAGAUUUCAAAUCAGGAGUGAUGGCACUGGCCAACAUCCUGCAGAUACAACGACAUGACGACUACCUGGUGAUGCUCAAGGCUAUUCGUAUUCUGAUCCAGGAGAGACUUUCUCCAGAGGCGAUCACUAAAGCCAGCCACAACAGAGAGGGUGUUCCAGUAACUUUAGACAAGCACAUCUUGGGUUUUGAUACUGGAGAUGCCACUCUGAAUGAAGCGGCUCAGAUCCUGCGCCUGCUGCACAUCGAGGAGCUGAGGGAGCUCCAGACGAAGAUCAACGAGGCCAUCGUAGCCGUUCAGGCCAUCAUCGCCGACCCCAAGACAGACCACAGGCUGGGCAAGGUGGGCAGAUGAGAGCGAGGAUGAGGAGGAUGACGCUGGACGAAGGGAGGGACUGAACCACAGGAGUUUUAAUUUGAUUUUGAAAGGAAAAGCCUGUCUUCGUUGGACGUAUGAGUUUGUUUUUUCCGUUGUUGCAUGAGAUGAGACCAAUCCGAUUGGGAACUCGGAGGUAAUAUAAGCAAAUGCCACAUUUUAAGAUGCUGUUUUUGAUUUUUGUAUUGCAGCACAAAUGAGUUAAGGCCAAAACACACACUGAGGUACUUAUUACUGCUAAUAUGUUGGUCAUUCAGAGUGGCUGCCCUGCAGUCUCCCUCAGCAGAAACCAUAGAGAAGCUUAUGAAAUAUUCAAACUGACAGUUACAUUAGUGUCUUUUGUUUCAAGAUGGAAGAAUAGGUUAUUUUGAAAUGGUUUACAUUGACGCUGUGUGGGAAAAUAUAUAAAUACAGUUGAACACA